UUUCCAGGAUGCAUGUCGGCACUAUGCAUAUUCGUGCUCUACACGAAGCAUCUCAUCAUAGUGUACCUCUACCUCAUGUCCGUGGGCUUAGUCUUCGUCUCGUACUGGACCAAUGUAUCCGCCAUCAAGCAGAUCCUGGCGCUCAACGCCACGGCAGCCGAGGCCGCCGCACCCACCACCAGCAUCCUAGAAGACAUCCUCAACCUCAACAUGAGAAACCUCAUAGAUCUUGAAGGACCCGGCGUACUAGUCAUACAAAACUUCGCUAUACAAUUCGUCCUAGCCAUCAUAUUCCGAAACGUACACUUAGGACCACGACACGCAACCAUACAAAAACUCCUACCCAUGAGCUUCAUGGCGCCCUCCUUCCUAGCGAUGCUCCCGGUACCCCCGCAACUGCUGCACCAUUCGCCGGUAUUCUCGACUCUACUCCCGCUCUUCCUUGUCAAGUAUGUUCUCUGGUCGUCCGCCUACAAUGUGAUACAAGUGAUCUAUGCCGGCUACCAACAUGGACGCCUCUUCGUCAGCAACUACGGCCUGUCAGCGCUAGUUGAAACAGAGUGGAUGCGACUGAACAUACCUUGCGUUCUGAGAGUAUUCUGGGUGAUGAGAGUCGCAGAACACGCGAUAUUGCUCCUUAUGGACAACUACGAAGAUGACGCUGAAGAAGGCCUCAAAGUGUCCACUCUACUCGCAGUGCAAUCCCUCGCGUCAAUGGCCAAGUCGCUCCUAGUAACUGGGUGUGAAACCAUCACAGCUGUUCUAGGCAUGACUUCAGUAAUCUCCUUCUUCUGUCACUACAUCGGCAACUUUUUCCAAUGGAUCCUACUGACAGAUGAAGAGGAAGACAAGAGUAUAGGCGCGGUCUCCGCGAUCCUGUUCUACAUACUCGCUUUGCAGACCGGUUUGACCUCGCUCAACCCUGAAAAGAGAUUCGUCCGACUGUGCAGAAACUUCUGUUUAUUAUUCACGGCUUUGUUGCACUUCUUACACAAUAUCGUAAACCCUAUGCUGAUGUCGCUCAGUGCGUCACACAACCCGAGUACACACAGGCACGUGAGAGCGCUAGGUGUGUGCGCGUUUCUCAUAAUCUUCCCGAUCUCCUUACUGGUGUACUUAUGGUCUCAACAUACGAUAUCGACCUGGCUGCUAGCCGUGAGCGCUUUCAGCAUAGAAGUCAUAGUCAAAGUGAUAGUAAGUCUCAUGAUCUACUCGUUAUUCCUGGUGGACGCAUACAGAAGCACGUUUUGGGAGCAACUGGAUGACUACGUGUAUUACAUCCGCGCGUUCGGAAAUACGAUAGAGUUUUGUUUUGGGAUAUUCUUGUUCUUCAACGGAGCGUGGAUUCUGUUGUUCGAAUCUGGCGGAGCGAUUCGCGCUGUGAUGAUGUGCAUUCACGCGUAUUUCAACAUCUGGUGUGAGGCAAGAGCGGGUUGGUCGGUGUUUAUGAAACGUCGCACCGCUGUAAACAAGAUCAACUCACUCAGAGAAGCUUCCGUAGACCAACUGGACAGAUUAGAUGACGUAUGCGCAAUCUGUUACCAAGAGAUGCACUCCGCGAAGAUCACCAGGUGUAACCACUUCUUCCACGGCGUGUGUCUGCGGAAAUGGUUGUACGUCCAGGACCGCUGCCCGCUGUGCCACGACAUACUGUACAAGAUAGACAACGACGUGAAUAAAGACAACAAUUCCGAGGCGGGUAACGAGGAGAACAGCAACAACCAAAACCUUCUUCUAGAAGAAGAACCAGAUUUACUGCUAGGAGAGGGCGUCAGAUGACUCUUGGAGUUUGACGACGACGACUACUUUCUUUUAGUUUAAUUCUGUGUCAAGUCUAGAAAUCGGCGAUGUGAGUGGUAUUAAUUUGUAUAGUAAGUUAUUGUUCUUUUAUAUGAUUGUA